CCGCCAACGGCCACGCACGGAACAACCAGUCCAAUAAUCAGAUACGUCGUCACGUUUCACUCGAGAGACGAGAGCACUGAUUCUUACAUUCGAUCUUUUUUUGUAGUCAAAUAAUAAUAACAAUCGCGAUAGGGAUUACAAGAAAAACGUUUUACAACUUUAUCCACACAGAGCAAAUCUCACAGAAACUAUGGUGGUUAGUUGUUCAGCUUGUGGUGAACAAUACGGAGUGACCGAAGACGUAACUUUCCACAAAUUUCCUGCCAACGAAGAGCGCAGAAAUAAAUGGCUGGAUGCUGUGCAGCGUGAAGCAUGGACACCUGGGAAGAGGAGCAUGUUAUGCAGUAAACAUUUUUCCCCUGACAAGUUUGUGUACAAGGUUUCUGGAGAUAAAGUACGAAGGUACUUGAUGCCAGAUACCGUUCCAACCAUCUUUGACAGGACUGACAAGAAAUCCAGAAGCCCGGCUUCGUUACACUCGAAUCAGAGAAUCGAAACCUUAAGUUCAAAUGUAAACGGUUCAACAAAUGUAAUGGCCGUAGAGCCAGAAUUAGGUCAGUCAGAUGCUGAUGCUCAAGCUGGACAAUUAGCUUGCAAUUCAUCUGCAAACUUGAAUCUUGAAAUUUUAGCUUCGACAUCUGUCACACUAGAACCUUACAUGAUUGUGACAAAGCCACAGUUUAUUCAGGUGGAUGAAAAUACUCCUUACAUACUUUCCAAAUCAACUGAAGUUCCAGCCACAACGUCGGUCAUUACUGCAAGUACUACUUUUAACACUUCAGCACACAAAGUUCUAAGUCAGCCCAACGGACAAUUACAUUUUCCACGACCAGCCAAAAGAGUCUACAAUAUGGAGUCAAUACAAACUGACUUAACUUCAAUUCCAAAACAGCCUCGCCUAGUUUACCCUGGAGACUUUAAACAAUUGAAUUGCAAUAAUGUGAAGCAGGAUUCCAAAAGCUGGAUCGCUCUCAACAAUUAUAUUAAAAAAAUGAGAAGGAACAUGAAGGUGCUGCAACAGCGCAAUAGAAGACUAGAGAAGCGAGUAACAGACCUUAAGACUGUUGUUAAGUUUUUGAAAAACAGGAUCGUGACAAGAGAUUCUGCAGCGAUUCGAUUGUGUGGGCACUCAGACUUGCCUGAAAAGAAAGAAUGUUUGCCUAAAAAUCACUCGAACCAAGUGGCGCAUUUUUUGGGAGAUCAUGAUUAUGUCGCCAGCAAAAACUGGUCCAUCUUGUAAUAUCCUGAGAAGGUUGCGGCGUACAUUGCUGGAUUUAUUAUUGUACCACUUGUCUGGGUCUACUCACUGGAAGAAGGUCUAUGCCGUUACUUCCUGAGAAAAAACGGAAGGGGAACCUUUACCAUUGCAGUGUAAUGAUGAUAUAGGACUGCAAGCCGAGUUGGUGGGAAGAUUCGUACUGAUCAAGGAGAAACUGGCAUAAUGGAUCAAGCACUCAGUGUGCCCUUCCUUCUGAGGAUCGCAACUUGGACAUAUUUUUUCAUGGGAUUACUAGAGAUUAACUGGAUUGUUUUCACAUACCAAAUCUAACUGGACUAGAUCGCAAUGGGAUACUGAUAAUAUUUAACUUUGACACAAAUAAUAGCACUAGGCUUCACAAUAUAAUGGUCAAUUCAAUUUUAUUUAAUUAGAGAAGUUCUGCUAUUCGCCAACUUUGAUAUUAGUUUUUAUAAAAAUUUUUGGUGAUGUAAUAUUUUCUAGCUUUAUCUGAAAUCUGUUCGCUCAUAGCGAUUUCAAGGUCUUGUAUACUUAGCUCAGCUGACUGUGAUUACACCUAGAGAAAAUUUUGCCUUCGUCAAAUUUCGUUGGCUAAUUUAUCAACAGUAAUUUACAAAAAUAUUAAAAAUUUAUCUGCGUCUAGAACAAUGUUUAACAAUGGAGAAUGAUACCUCACAAAUAAAUCAAAUUUAUUGUU